AUGGACCAGGGCUCGCCCGCAAAAGCGGCGCGGGCGCGCCGGCAGCAGGCGGCCCGUGGCGGGCCCCACCAGCCGGCAGGGCAGCAGCCAAGAGUCCAGGAGCAGCCGACACCGCAGAAGCGGCGGCAAACGGUCCCCACGCCCCUGGCAAAGUUGAUCCGCGCAGAGGAGCGGCUGCGGCAGCGGGAGGUGAAGACGGAGCGCAACAAGCGGGAGGCCAAGGCGCGGCGGAGCGAGGAGCAGGAAGGCAGACCGCCUGCGGCGCCGCCCGUGACGCCACAGCUCAAGCGCCGCCGCCAGACCCAGCGGUGGACCAGCCAGGAGGUGGCGGAGCUUCAGCGCCUGGUGGCGAUGCACGGCGAGGGCCAGUGGGCCCUGGUCUUGAAGCAAGGGCGUGCGGUGUUCGCCGCCGGCCGCACAAGCGUGGACAUCAAAGACAAGUGGCGCAACCUGAACACCCCGCCCCGCCAGCGGGAGGGGGACGCCGGGCCGUCGCAGAAGCGGGGGCGGGUGGCCAUCCCCUGGGACAGCUGGGAAGUUGAGGAGCUGAGGCGGCAGGUGGAGCUGCACGGCGGCAGCAACUGGCUGCUGGUGCAGGACCAGGGCCGCGGCGUGUUCCGGGACCGCCGCACGGCGGUGGACCUCAAGGACAAGUGGAGGCUGCUGCAGCGCAAGGCAGCCAGGGCCGAGCGGGAGCUGCAGGCAGCUGCGCCGCGCGCCUGACCUUCCGCCUUUCAACCCAGCCAACAACGACACCCAGUUGCCUUGUACAUUGGCAACCAUACUCCGAUGCUUUCCCUGUAUUUAUUGUUAUCCGCAGACGCUGGCGCACUUUAAUCCACACAUUGUGACUGAGUUUCUUUCCACAGGAACACUGUAACACUCGCUGCAC